AUGUUUUUAAAAACACUAUGUUUCAUAAUGUUUUUAACUAUUUCUAAAAUACAUUUAUCUAAACCGAAUGAUGCUACUAGUGCAGUAUCAUUUGACAGAUUAGAAUUGCAAACAAAAAAAAAUAAACUAUCGCACGAAACAGAAUGGAUAGAAGAAUGUAAAUGUGUUAUGAUAUCUGAAUGUUUAUCUGAUGAAAAUGAUGCAUCCAUAGAUAUUAGAAUAAUCACAAAACCAGAUAAAUGUCCAACUGGAAAAGUGUAUUGUUGUUCUGACCCAUCGUUGGAAAACCCAUUAAUAAUGUGUGGUAAGGUAACAUCGCAAAACAUUGAUGGGAUCAAAAUCAACCCCGAUCAGGCUAAAUUUGGAGAAUUUCCCUGGCAAGCUUUAAUUUUAACAAAUGGAAAUUCAUUCGUGUCAAAUGGAGCGUUGAUAGACAAUAAACAUAUACUAUCUACUGCUCACUUUUUGACUAGUUUCUCAAAGAACUUCAGUGCGUUGAAAGUACGGUUGGGCGACUGGGACAUCUACAGAGACGUGGAGCCCCGGCCGCACGUUGAAAGGCUCGUGGCCAGCAUCGCGAUCCAUCCCGAGUAUUCGCCGUCCAACAUGCACAAUGACAUCGCGGUGAUCACACUGUCUGGCGCUCCGGUGCCGGUAACCGAUCACGUGGGCCCUGUGUGUUUGCCGCCGAGAUCGCCGCCAGACGCCGUGUCACCCCGCCGCCAGUGGGCCGGUUGCCGGGUGUCCGGGUGGGGUGCUGAGAGCUUCGACCGGCCGCGGUACCCGGGCGUGCUCAAGAAGGUACCGGUACCGCUGUGGGACCUUCAACGGUGCGUCGACAGUCUGAGGACCACGAGACUCGGCGCUACGUUCAAGCUGCACUCGGGGUUCUUGUGCGCAGGUGGUGAGGAGAAUGAAGAUGCCUGCAAAGGUGAUGGAGGUUCGCCUUUAGUGUGUGAACAUGAUUCUGUUUCACAUCUCAUUGGUCUCGUAUCUUGGGGAAUUGGAUGCGGAACUCCUUCAAUACCCGGUGUUUACAUUGAUGUUAGCACUUAUAUUACUUGGAUUGAAAAACAAUUAUAA